UAUUGGCUGAUAUCGCUCGUCAUUGCUUAUUGUGCAGUAAUUGGCAUCUAUGACAGCCCUCAAGCAACCGAUUUACCUCGUGCCUACAUGAGUUUACAAGGAAAAAUUCAACUGUCAAAAGAGGUGGGCAAACAGAUUAUGCAAUCUGUUACAGAUCAAGUGGUGCCAUAUGAACAAAUUCAUAGUAUUCGAUUUAUUGAUGCUAUCCUAAAAAGUCCUGCCGAUAAAAUUCUUCGAAGGGUACUUCGUGAU